AUGAUUUCACGCACGGUGGAUCUCGCGGCGUACCGCAACAACACCGGCGCUAGCGUGGACGGCACGGCGGUUGCCGGCGGCCUGGCGCGGGGAGAAUCGUUCUCCGCAGAGCAUUUGCCAACCGGAAAGCUCGUCAACCGUGGUAUCGAGUUUGUGCUGCCGCCGUGGGCGGUCGCGCCGGACAAUGUCAAGUGUGAUGGCCAGACUAUACCUGUUGACGACGAGGUACUGUCAGUGCACCUGCUAGCUGCCGGCGAUGACCCCAGGGGUGGCAUCCACAAGGAGAACAAGGUAUCUAUCACAUUCAACUAUGACAACGGCAGCGAGGACGUGCUCCCGCUGGAGAUCCAGAACUGGUGGGCGACCAACGGCCAGCAAAAGGGCGCCAUCUGUACGCCGUUCCAUUGGGAAGGGCGGGGAAGCAAGUUUCACGAACGGACCGUCAUCUUCCACAUGGUCGUCCAGGUUCCGUAUGCACGCGCCAGCCAGGUACUCAAGUCGGUAACGGUGCCAAAGGCGGGCAAGCACAAUGCCCUGCACUUAUUCGCCCUCUCGUAUAUACCCGCGACCAGAUCAGUGACCACGCUCCAGGAUAAGGUCAAGCCGGGCAGAGUCACGGCGACCCGCCGCUGGGAAGGGAACGCGCAAGUGGUCGAGGUUGUGGUACUCAACCCGGUUUCGCUCGCCGCUGUCGGAGACUUGGAUUCAUGGGCCAAGGACCUGACAGUGUCGCUUUUGGGCUCCUCGUUCAAGACUGUCCGCGGCGCGACCAUCUCCAGGCUCAUGCCGGCGGAUCAGAUCCUUGUCGAAGUUCUCGUCACACCUACGAACGACUCUACCUCCUUUGACGACGCUCAACUCGCUGUCAAUGACGUUGUUCUUCCUGUUUAUGUCGAAGGAUCGCUGGUACACGAGUUUACACAGUGGACGGCGGCGGACGCCGAGCAGCACACUGCGCCAAAGUGGUUUUCCGACGCCAAGUUUGGCAUCUUUAUCCACUGGGGCUUGUAUUCGGUGCCGGCGUGGGCCGACGAGGGCAAGUAUGCCGAGUGGUACUGGCACUGGCAGCACACUGCAGACCAGAACGGCCCGGGCACGUACAAUCACCACUUGAAGACAUAUGGCGCAGACUUCACCUACGACGACUUUAUCCCCUUGUUCCAGGGAGAAAGGUUCGAUCCCCGCCAUUGGGUCAACCUGUUUGCAGACGCUGGCGCAAAGUACUUUGUGUUCACAACAAAGCACCAUGACGGGUAUGCGCUCUUCGACGCCAAGGAGACAACUCACCGGACGUCGCUGCUGCUCGGCCCAAAGCGCGACUUUACGCGCGAACUCAUGGAUGCGGCCCAGGAGUUCCAGCCCGAUCUCAAGAAAGGAGCAUACUACUCGAUGCCCGAGUGGUACAACCCGCUGUACGUCAAGUACGGCCGCGACGACGGCCCGCUGUCGUUCUGGGGCGGUCCGGCAAAGAACGCUUAUAACGGCAAGGUGGAAGAGUACACCGGGCAUGUUGAUGUUGGCGACUAUAUCUGUGGCCUCCAGGUGCCCCAGCUGGAAAUUCUCACAAACGAUUACAAGGUCGACCUGAUAUGGGGCGAUAUAGGGAUGGCGUGGUAUUCUGACGCGGCGGCGGCCGGUCGGCAAGUGUCUAUCAACAACCGCCUUGGGAUUGCUGGCGACUAUGUUACUCCCGAGAUGGAGCAGUUCAAGACGGUCCAGCCGCUCUGGGAGGCGUGCAUGUCUGUCGACCCGUACUCGUUUGGCUACAACAAGGAGACACGCGACGACGAGUAUCGAACCCCGACAGAUCUCAUUCACACGCUCAUUGACAUUGUCGCCAAGGGUGGCAACUUCCUUCUCAACAUUGGCCCUCGUGCGGAUGGGUCCAUCCCCACUGCUGUUGAGACCAUCCUCCGCGCUAUCGGCAAGUGGCUCGGAAUCAACGGCCGCGCUCUGUACAGCACCCAGCCGUUCCCACUAGUGCCCGAGAUAGAGGCUCCUGGAGUCAAUGUCCGCAUCACCCGGUCCUCCGAAGCCUUGUACCUCAUCUCACUCGAGAAACCCGGUCCCCGCUUUGCAAUCCGCGCGCCCCUCCCGAUUCUCCCCACGGACAAGGUCUUCCUCUUGGGUAACGAAACACCGAUCCCAGCGACAUUCGACGGAGAGCUUGUGCUAGACCUCUCUUCUGUUGACAUCGAACCCAACGACAUUGCUUGGGUGUUUGAGAUCCGUUAG